AUGUGGCGCGUCGCCCCCUUCAAGCUGGGGCUGAUACACUGGCGAAGGGGCACUGGGGUGCUGGGGGGACGCCAGGUGACCCUCGCUGCAACUGCGCUCAGUGACCACCACCCACAGCCCAUGUCCGCCGUGUCGCCGUCGUUGUGGACAUGCAAGCGCCUGGUUCACCGCACGACUUGUCUUUGGUUGGAGCCGUCGAAGAAGGCCGUGGCGGCGGGGGGCGUAAGGACGCUCAAGGUGGAGAGUCAGGGGCGGAAAGCCGGGGAGGCCGCGCAGCUGCCGCAAAAACAACAACACCCUAGGACACAUAAAGCGGCGGUGAAGGCGAAAACAGCGGCGGGGGGAGGCUCAAUCAUCACAGAGGAGGCUCUGCUGAAGAUCCCUGUGUACCGUGUGGUGACGCACGUGAUGCGGCACUUGUGGCCACCCGGGCAGCCAAAGUACCGGGCGCUAGUGGUUGCCAGCGUGAUGUGCGUCAUUGCGGCAAAGGUGCUCAAGGUGGCGGUGCCGUUUUGGUUCAAGAUGGUUAUAGAUGCCCUCGCACCCGGCCACAACGUUGCCGAGGCGGUGGUCACUCUGGGCCCAUGGCAGCUUGGCGUCUUUGGGAUGGUCGCCGCCUACGGCAUCACCCGACUGACGAGUUCGUUGAGCGAAGAACUCAAAACCGCGCUGUUUGCCCCGGUCGGCAGCCACGCAUCUACCACGAUAGCCAUGGAGAUGUUCCGCAAGCUGCACUCGCUGGAUUUGCACUUUCAUUUGGGCCGUGAAACAGGAGUUUUAAGUAAAGACCUUGAUCGUGGUAGCCGCGCGUUCUGGGCCCUUGCCUACGCCUUGCUAUUCCUGAUUGUUCCUACCGCGUUUGAGGUGGUGCUUGUUUGCACGGCACUGCAAACGAGCGCAGGCCUUAGUUUUAUCCUAACGGCGUUAUCAGCUGUAUUUGCGUACAUUGGCUGGACGUAUGUUGUCUCCAACUGGCGUGCCGUGUACCGUGAGCGCUACAACAAGGGUGACAGCCGUGUUGGGGGCCUGACGGUGGAUUCCCUUCUUAACUACGAGACGGUGAAGUACUUUGGGAGGGAAGACUACGAGGAGGAGCGUCUUUGCUACGAGACGAUGAAGACAAACCGUGAUCUUGCUAGGCUGGAUCAAUCCAUGGCGGUCUUGAAUUUUGGCCAGCAGGCUAUAUUUGUGCUUGCCGCGCUGACGUGCCUGUAUCUUUCAACGUGCGGAGUGGUGGCUGGUGUGAUGACAGUGGGGGACAUGGUGCUUGUGGACGCACUACUGAUGCAACUGUACACACCGCUUAGUUUUCUCGGCAUGAUCUACCGUGAGGUACAAUCCUCAACGCAAAAUAUGCAGGCCAUGAUAGCUUUGCUUGACAUUGAGAGCACCAUUAAGGAGAAGCCGGACGCGCGUCCACUGAAGCUUACUUCUGGGACCAUUGAGUUACGAGAUGUGUGCUUUCGCUUUGACGAACACGGCGCUGAAAGAUGCGUUCUUCAUAAUCUUUCACUCACUAUCCCAGGCGGCAGCACUGUGGCCUUUGUUGGCCCCUCGGGCAGUGGGAAAAGCACCAUUUUUCGUCUGCUGUACCGCUUCUAUGACCCCUCCGCUGGUGUUCUUCUUAUCGAUGGUCAGCCAAUGACGGAGCUGCAAGUGAGUAGUCUGCGCAAGGCCAUUGGGGUUAUUCCACAGGACACGGUGUUGUUUAACGAAACGGUGCGGUACAACAUCAGGUACGGCCGUUUAGACGCGACCGAUGAGGAGGUGGAGGAGGCCGCUCGUGUGGCGAGCAUCCACGACAGCAUCAUGAAGAUGAGUCAGCAGUACGACACGUGCGUGGGGGAACGUGGGCUGAAGCUCUCUGGAGGAGAAAAGCAGCGUGUCGCCAUUGCACGCGUUAUUCUCGAAAACCCGCCUAUACUCCUGGCGGAUGAGGCGACCUCGGCCUUAGACUCCGCGACGGAAAUGCGUGUGAUGCAGCAGCUGCGUGAGAGGGGUAGGAAGGGCCGUACCAUAAUCCUCAUUGCACAUCGCCUCAGUACUGUCAAGGGCGCCGACAAGAUUUUUGUCCUGGACGGUAAAGGAGGUUUGGCGGGGAGCGGCACACACGAUGAACUUUUGGAAACAUGCGGCCUUUACAGGGUCUUGUGGUCUCAACAACUGCUUGCCUCACGUCCGGAAGAAGAAGUAGAAGAAGAGGAAGAGGAAGGGGGACGCAUAGAGACACGAAAGCAGCCCAGUUAUAAAACCUGA